AUGUGGUGCGCGGCGAAUGCGUUCGAGAGUUUGCACGGUUUGAAGCAUUUGGGUUUCGACUUCACCGAGCCCCCUCGUUUUAACUGGGAACGUCUCGUUGAGAACCGGGAGAAUUACAUCAAAAGACUUAACCGUAUUUACGAAACAAACCUCGAGAAAUCACAAGUUGAACGGUUCUAUGGGUGGGCCAGUCUGGCCCCCAAGGAUGAGUCGAAGGGCGAACACGUCGUCCUCGUGAACCAGACAAAAGAAGAGGCGGAAAAAGGAUCCCCACCUUCACAAAAAAUCACAGCAAAACACGUGCUCCUUGCCACCGGUGCGUGCGCUCGGCUUCCAAGCAGUACAUGA